GCCACCAGUCUACCCUUGGAAAUACCAACAAACAUUUAAAGACCCACUGGGACUGAGACAAUGGACUUCUCAAUGGGUGUUGGAGCCGCAGCUUCCAGUGAAAGAUCAGACACCAGGUCUCUUGAAGAAAACUACACUUGGCCAGUUCCCAUUAGUCAUGAUGUCUUCCAAAGUUUAAAAAAUAAUGAAAGUCUGCUAUGUGAAGUCCUCCUGAAAAAGUUUGGCUGUGUCUCUACCCUGUUUUCUCCAGCUCUGGAAGGAAACAGCAAAUCCCUUGUUGAACCAGUCUUCAGAAAAAGGCUGGUGCUCGGACUGGAGUUAUCUGUUUGGAAGGAUGAUCUCACCAAACACGCAGUUGACGCUGUGGUGAAUGCAGCCAAUGAAGAUCUUAUCCACUCAGGAGGCCUGGCAGGGGCCCUGGAGAGAGCUGGUGGCCCUGACAUCCGAGAGGAGAGCAGAAGACUUGUGGCCACCUAUGGUAAAAUACCAGUUGGUGGGAUAGCUGUCACUGGAGCUGGGAAACUUCCCUGCAAAAUGAUUAUCCAUGCUGUGGGGCCUCAGUGGCAGCUGCUGGGUCCAGAGCUAUCUAUCCAGAAGCUACAAACUGCUAUUAUAAAUAUUCUGAACCGUGCCACCUGUGAACAUGUGCCCAUUAAAACAAUAGCUAUCCCAGCUCUAGGCUCUGGAAUUUUUCAGGUUCCUGUGGGUUUGUGUACAAAGGUAAUUUUACAAACCAUUUGCUAUCAUUUACAAAGGAAUCAAGUGGGUCAUUUGAAAGAAAUUCACCUGGUGAGCAAUGAGGAGCGUACUGUUGCAGCUUUCCUAGCUGCUUCAGAAUCCAUCCUAGGGAGGAAUGAGCUGGACCUCUGGAAGAGUCCAGAAACCAUGCCUCUUUUCAAUACAGAACCCCAGCUUGUCCAGGGCCACGUUGAACAUCAGGAGGCUUUCAAAGCAGAAAUGACAAAGUUCAACUCACAUCAUCGCAAUGAUAACAAUGUCUCCCACUGGACCAGAGAGGAGCAAAGAACAAAUGGCCUUGAAGCUGAAUCUCCUACUGUCAAUCUGAUGGGAACCAACAAGGAAACGAUGCAAGAAGCUGCAGCAUGGAUCAAAAGGUUACCGACUUCCCAAGACCACUACCGUAUUGAGAAUAAUCAUAUUCUCUACUUUGGGAAGGAGGAACACGAUGACCUGUCUCUGAUCCAGAAAACCACUCGCGUCUCCAUUACGGAGCAUAUCCUUACAGGAAAGACAUAUUUGGAGAUUAAAGGAGACCGAUCUGACCUCAUAGAGGUAGUUAUGAAAAUUGAAUGUAUGCUGUUUGAUGUUCAGGAGAAAGUGGCAAGAAAAAAUAAGAAAGCCCUUUGUAACUUUUUAGGACAAUGGACUGAUCAGCAACCCAAACAGCAAAAUGAAACUAUAGAAAAUAUCUUAUAUCAUCGAUGUCUAUUGGCUUUAUGUCCAGAAGUUCAACGUGGAAAGAAAAUGUUUAAAAAAUGUGGUUUGCAAGUUAUAAAGGUGGAGGAGAUAAAAAAUGCAGAGCUCACGGCUGCCUACCAAAAGAAGAAGAAAAUGAUGGAAGUGAAAACCAAGCGAUCACCUGCGAGCGUCAGGGCAUUCCAGCAAGUUCCAUUCCAGUUUCUUGAUGCUGUGUGCAGAGUCGGCUUUCACAGGUUCUACACAGCAUCCUGUAACCCACACUAUGGAGCGGGCACAUACUUCACCACCAAUCUCAAAAACAUAGCAGAUAAUGUCAAGAUUUCUAACACCAAUGAGUUCAUCUAUGUGUUUGAGGCUGAAGUCCUCAAAGGCUCCUCCUGCCAAGGUCAUCGGUCAAAUAUUGUCCCUCCACCAUUGUCUCCUGGAGCCUUAAAUUGUUAUGACAGUGUUGUUGACAGUGAGUCCAAGCCUGAAACCAUUGUUAUUUUUAAUACUAUGCAAGCUAUACCCCGAUAUUUGUGGACUUGCAUUCAGGAUCAUGAACAGCCACAGGGUUACUCAUUAGGACCGGUGUCCUCUUCAUGGUGGAAUUGGGAAAAAAGUUCAAAUGGCAGCUCUGUUGAUUAAUCUCCACAUCAUUUUAACAACUGGUAUGGUCUUGCUUUGGGGGAACCAAGUAAGUGGUCAUUAUUAAUUAACUCAAAGAGUAGCUUGCAUAUGUUCAAAUGGGAUAUAUGUUUGGAUUGGCUGGGCUGUUGCAAGGACCCAUCUUGCCUGAGUUUCUUCUUUCAUCUUGGGAUUGGGAUGUAGAUACCAACUGAUACAUUCUUACUACUGUUCCUUCUCCUUGCAAGUUGUUCUUUCAUUUUUUAAGCUACAGGCAGUAGACAGUAUGUAUUAUUUGUAAUGAAGAGGUCAUUCCCAUGUAAAAUCUUUAUUUUCUACAAGUGAUAGUCUGACAUAUUUGGAUAGGAAAAUAGCUCUAGAUUGUUCAGAGAAUCAUAUGAUAUGCCUUAGAUACAUUAAAAUAAAUGAACUCUGUUGGAGUAA